AUGGCGCAGUUAGAUUUGCAUGACACUUUCUUAAACGAUGAGGACCAUCAAUCGCUGCAUAUUACAAAACAAACAGGAACAUUAUCCAAAAGGAAAACUGAUAAAGAAGAGAAAAUAUCAUCAGAACACUUAGUUAAGGAAGAUAUGGCAGAUAAAAUUGCAUCAAUUCUUAUGCAUAACUAUGAUGGCAAAUUGUAUGGAGAAGAUGAUACAUCUCAGCCAACUUCGUGUACUGCACCAAUUAUACCUAUUGAAGCUACUCGUAAAAAAAAGAAAAGGAAGAGAUCUCAGAUAUCAAUAUGCCUAACAAACUGUCGGUAUGAGUCAAUCCGUAAGGUGGCUAGUGCAUUUGGUAUGAGGGAGGUCUCUGAAGAAGAGGCUUGGAACUUCUACUGGACUGAUAUGAGUGUGUCCGUGGAACGAGCCAAGGAGAUGAAGAGGUUCCAAAGGAUAAAUCACUUCCCCGGCAUGCUUGAGAUAUGCAGAAAGGAUUUGUUGGCAAGAAACUUAAACAGAAUGCAAAAAAUAUAUCCUAAAGAGUAUAACUUCUUUCCGAAGACCUGGUGCUUGCCUGCCGAUUUUGGCGAGGCUCUAAACUAUAGUAAAUCUAGAAAGAACAAAACGUUCAUAAUAAAGCCGGAGUGCGGCAGUCAGGGACGAGGCAUCUACCUUACGAAGUCACUCAAGGACAUUAAACCAACGGAUAAAUUAAUUUGUCAGGUGUACCUAUCAAAGCCGUACUUAGUGGACGGUUAUAAGUUUGACAUCAGAGUGUACACUCUCAUAACGUCAUGUGAUCCUCUACGGAUAUUCGUCUACAACGAGGGUCUUGUAAGAUUCGCUACCAGUCGCUACGCGGAUCCCAACGUGAACAAUACUACGAAUGUGUUCAUGCAUCUGACGAACUACGCUCUCAACAAACACAGCCGGACAUAUGUAUAUGACUCGGAGGCCGGCAGCAAACGCAAGAUAUCAACUUUGAACAAGAUCCUGCUGUCACAAGGAGUGGACCUGGACCGUCUGUGGCACUCCAUAGAUCAAGUCAUAGUGAAGACUAUAAUAUCAGCGUGGCCCAUACUAAAACACAGCUACCACGCUUGCUUCCCCUCGCACGAUAUGGUACAUGCUUGCUUCGAAAUAUUGGGCUUCGAUAUUUUACUGGAUCAUAAACUUCAUCCUUUUAUUCUUGAAGUGAAUCAUUCGCCAAGCUUCCACACAGACACUCAGCUGGAUCGUGAAGUUAAAGAGGGACUGUUGACGGACACACUCACCAUGCUCAAUAUAUGGCAGUGUGAUAAGAAGAGGGUACUAGAAGAAGACCGGAAGAGGAUACGAGACAGACUGCUGCAGACGAACAAGUUUGCGGAAUACGCUCCGACAGAAGAAAAGGAGCCGGAAAAAAGUCCCUGGCAGACUCAGAUACAGUGGGAAGAAACACACCUCGGGAACUUUAGGCGCGUGUAUCCUGUGGGCGAGCAGUACGCCAGUCUGUUCCAACAGCCCUCGGGCUCAUUAUACACGGGCACGGCCUCCUCGCGGGCCAGGGGAGACUGCGCAAGGUUACAGCGAGAGGAGUUCCAGCAAACAAAAGCAAAAGCAGAAGCUCUAAAGAAACCAUCGCAACCGAAGGCUAAAGAAGAAGAACAGAAACCUAAAGAGAAGAAAGAGAAAGAAAAAGAGGGAGAAGGAGGUAGUAUGAACACCAGCGUUACAACUGAUAAGGGAAAAAUAAAAGCAAAGGAACAGAAGAAGAAGGAAGAUAAGCCGAAACUUGCUUCCAAACCGUCUUUAAUGCAACAAACGGUUCCACCGAUAGAUGAAAAAGAAAAGGAGCCGAAACCGGCUUACGUGAUGUGCUCGUAUGAACCAGACGCUAUCGUUGAGAGAGAAGAAAGGGAGAGACUCAAUCUAUUGGCUCAAAGGGAUUUCCUCAUACGCAGCUAUGGGAUGUUGGAACAGAUAUAUUUGGUAAUGAAAAAAAUGGGUACUCUACGACCGGAAGAUGAAAGAAAAUAUGGAGUUUAUGGACGUCUAUCAGUCGUGUCUAAUUCACCUAAGAAAGUGUGA